CCAGGAACCCAUCUAUGGAUACUUUGGUGUCUUCAAAGCCACAUAGACCUACAAGUGGACUAAUUCUUUGACUUCAUGAGAGGGAAAUAAGUUUGUGGACACUUUCUGGCCGCCAUCUACCCAAGUGGAGAUGUCUGAGGAAAAUAUGGGGGAAGAGUCGAGCAGCUCCCCUGUCUCUCCUGUGGACAGCCUGAGCAACAGCGAGGGGGAGCUGGACAGACAACCGAAGAGAUGUGGGAGGAAGAGGAGACCGAGCAGGAAGAACGGGGAGGACUCAGAUAGCCCGACCCCUGGGAAAAGAGGGAAGAAGUCCAGCAGCAGCAGCCCCCAGUCUUUCGAGGAGCUCCAGUCGCAGCGGGUCAUGGCCAACGUCCGGGAGCGACAGAGGACCCAGUCUCUCAACGAGGCGUUCGCGGCUUUGCGGAAAAUUAUCCCCACUUUGCCCUCGGACAAGCUCAGCAAAAUACAGACCCUAAAACUUGCAGCCAGAUACAUCGACUUCCUCUGCCAGGUGCUGCAGAGCGACGAGCUGGACUCCAAAAUGUCAAGCUGUAGUUAUGUGGCUCACGAGAGGCUGAGCUACGCCUUCUCCGUGUGGAGGAUGGAGGGCGCUUGGUCCAUGUCAACAUCUCACUAGCGUCUGGAGAAAUCGUGCCCAAAAUGGUGACUGCUGAAUCUACUUAUCACAUUCUGACGGGACAAACCUGGAGUCCAAUGCUGGAUACAUGGGAUCACUCUAUUUAAACCAAAGACGACAGAGGGUCUGGGGAUCUUUUUUUUUUGCAGAGGCCCGACAGGGACUUGCGACCGUGUGUUAGCGCCAUACACCCCAUUCCGAUGUGUUUUCAUGUUGUCGACGACGAAUGUUGAAAAUAUCAAGUGUUUUUAAAGCGCAGAUUUUUUUUUUUUUUUUUUUUUUUUUACUGCAUGCCUUUGUACUUAUUUCUGCGUGGGUCGAAGUGCAUUAUUGAAGCAGUUGUCUCAGUUUGGGUUUUUUUUCGUUUUCCUUUUUUAUUUUUAUUUUUUUUGUUUUUUUUGUUUUUUGGUGUGAGACUGUCAACUGGUGGUGUAGCUCACAUUACAUGACUGACUGUGUGGAUCUAACCUGUGCAAAAAAAAAAAAAAAAAAAUAUCAGAAUGCAUUUAUUUAUUUAUUGGUGAAACGUGUUACAUUGAGGAAUGCACCCUGUGUCCGAAAUACAAAUACAUUCCUAUUUUUUAUUAUCGUUUUUGUAAAUGUUUGUAUAUUUUUUU